CGAAAAUAACCUCAAAAUUCUUUUGUGACGUUUGAUUUGACGUGUGACAGUGAUUGUCAAAUUUUCAAAAAACAUUUCGCGAUUGUACCGGCAAAAAAAUAAUCUCAAUAUAUUUUAGAUAAUGAAUCUGAAUAAUUAUAUUAGUUACGGGGAAAGAUAAGACUCAAAAAUCGUUUGAAAUCAUUCACAAAGUGUAAAAAAGUGAAGGCACAAAAUUAGCAACUCCCACGAUCCCCACGAUUCUCGAAUGACAACUCCUAAUUGUUGAUUCACACAUUCUAACAAUUGCUGAUUUACAAUUAUAAAUGUAAACAUACAUUUCUCAUUUAAUUAAAGUUCGAAAUUCUCGUCGAAUUUCUCAAGUGCAGUGAAAAAUUGUCAAGUGACAUUUUUUAAAAAAAUUACACUCUGAAGAAUGUAAAGAAAAUUUGCAGUUAUAAUGGCAAAAAUCUAUCAAACAAUUAGAUAGAAAUGUUAAUUUACAACGAUAAUAUCUUUUGUUCAGUGAAGAAAAAAAAUCGCAACUAUUUUGCAAUUAAAAACAGAGUCACAGAGUUUAUGAAGUGUUGUCAGUCGUCGGUUAAAGAAAAUUGCGUGUAUUUGACGAGAAGAAAAAAUGUUGGUAAACAUGGGAUGAAUCAUGAUAGUGUUUAAUUAAUUAAUUAAUCAGAUGCAUAUCCCGGGGUCGAAAAUUCAAAUUGCUCGAGACUCGGUUUCGAAAUUCCUUAUGACUGCUAAACAUAACCUCGUCACGGCAAUAAUUGAGCAUCAAAAGAUGCUUCCGCCUGUUAUAAUCGGAUUAAUUGUCAUUGUCUCGUUUCUUUUCAUAUUUCUCAAUAAUUUAUUAUGGAUAUUGUCGUACGGUGUUCUAACAUUCACGUGUUUAUUAUUGGGACCAUUGAUUGUUAUCAUGGUACACAUUGCUCUAUCACCAAAACAUGAAACCGGACGUAAUACCAGUAAAACAAUUGCUGAACUUGAUGCUUUUCGUAAUAUGCUCAUGAAAAACUACGAGCCAAAAUCCAUUAGUAGUAAAAAACAACUUCGUUAUCCACUUGUUUUUACAAGAUUGGUGGAUGGUGCUCUGCAAAAUCUUUUGGAUUUGGCUUUCCGUGAUUUUGUCGGUGCUUGGCUGAAUGAUUUAUCCUUUGAAUCGGAUCAGUUGAUCGACAGUAUGAAGCAGGAUGUUUGGGGUGCUAUACAAAGUCUUCACGAGAGAUUGGCGCACAUUGACUCUACAAAAUUGGUCGCUUGUAGUGUUGUCAAUAGAGUAACAUUUCAUUUCGAGAAAAUCCGAAUUGCUCAGGCAGCUGUAUCAGAGGGAUUGGAUCCGGUUUUUAUUUUAUCGCCUCAUUUGAUGACACGUGAAGCAGAAUUGGAAUAUUUGAGAAAAGUCAGCGAACUGUGCAUUAUGCUUUUUCUGCCCGGAAGUUAUUCUUUAACGCCAACGAAAUUUUUAUUAAGGGAAAUUGUUACUUGCAAAAUUUUAAAACCGGCAAUCGACAUGGUGACAGAUCCGGAUUAUAUAAAUCAAAAAAUUCUCUCGUACAUUGAGCAGCAACAAAUGACGGAGGCGAUGCACAGAAAAACCUACGAGUACGCAGAGUCCUUUGAGGAUUUUAUUCAAAUGAUUAAAAGUUCACGUGAUCUCGAGGUUCUCAAACAUAUCAGAUAUAAUAUUGUUACGGAGAUUAUGCAGGCGACGACUAUUCAGAAUGUGAAGAGGGCACAGGGAUUAGAUCCCGAGAGUAAUUCGUUGGGGAAGUCGGAUGCGAUUCAAGCCAGAAAACUUAAGCGUUACAUUAGUCAACUCACGUAUGCAAAAAAUACUUGCGAGUGCCAUAUGCAGUCCUUAGGUUGGGACGGUUUUCUAAUUCAGGAAAAUGAUUUGUCCGAUCCGAGUGCUAUCGGUGAGGGACGUAUUUUGCCAUUGCCGUAUAUUUUGGAGAAUGUAAUUGGUCGACGACAUUUGUCACAAUUUUUGGAGCAAGUGUCAAGUCAGGGUUUGAUUGGCUACUGGGCCGCUGUUCAAGAAUUGCGUGCGGCAAAAAAGUCCAGUUGGCAUCAACUGGGAGCGGAGAUUUUCUACACUUACAUUAAAUCGCCAACUGCCGAAAUGAAAGUAGAUAAGAAUAUGCGUAAACGAAUGGAGAGCUUUCUCAUGGGUGACAAUGGGCCGCACGCAUUUUACGAGGUUCAAGAAACUGUCGUUAAAACAUUGCAGGACAAAUAUUAUCCGUCCUUUAUUGUUAGCGAGCAAUAUAAAAAAAUGCAAGAGGCUCUCAUUAAUGAACGAGUCGACGGUCUCGUUGAGGAUCGUCAAAUUGACGGAACAAUCAACGAUACGUCUUUAUUAGUCGGCGAGCAUUCAAAUUACGCUCGCAGUAAACUAGACCAAUUGCAGGAGAAACUCAAUAAUAAAAUGCAGGCCUUACAGGCACUGCGAUCGUCAUUAAAACCGGAGAGUCGGGUGCUUAGUAUUUUAGGGAAGGAAGUGGAAUACCUCCAGGGAGAAAAGAGGCAAUUGGAGGCGCAUUUAACUCACACGGAAAUGUGGGCCGAGCACUUGGGUCACUGGAGAGCUGACGUUCAAAGCGCCGAGGUUCCGGACAAUGGGGAUCCACCGCAAUUUAUUCUUGUGGUUCACAUGGCAGCGGAUGAGGAGAGUGAGGACAAAAUAUCAACCGGUUGGGUUGUCUUGAGGAAACUCACGGAAUUUCAGGAGCUUAAUAGAAAAUUACGUCAAUUGUGCUCGAGCGUAAAAAAUCUCGAACUUCCCUCGCAGCCAUUAAAAUUCUUCGGUAAAUCAGACAAAAAUACAAUUGACAAAGCGAGAGCGCAAAUACAAAAAUACUUAAAUUUCGUUCUGGAGGACGACAGAUUAAAUCAGAGCGAAGCUCUUUACGCAUUCUUGAGUCCGAGCUCCGAGCAUUUGAAGCACACGGCACCUUCACCAAAAAAAUCGCGAUUCUUUCUCUCGACUCUUUUCAAAAGCAGCAGCGGUUCGAGCGGAAGUGGCGAUUCUAGAGAAAAAGAGGACGAGGAAGAUUAUUCAUGUUUCUUUGACGAUAACGAACCUGGAAGAACUGUCACUGAUAGUUUUCUUGGUCCAGGAAAAGAUGCGAUAGUUGAACCUCUCUAUUCUCUUCUCGGGGAAGUUUUCGACCUGAAGGGAGUGUUUCGCUGGCUCAGGCGAUCGCUCAUCACUUUUGUGCAAAUCACGUACGGCAGAACGAUAAAUAGGCAAGUACGAGAUACGGUGACUUGGCUGCUCUGUGAACCAAUGUUGCAUUACUACAUAACACUGUUCACGAAAUCCUGGUGGCCGAACGGUCAGCUGGUCUCGGAAACAACUGUCAGAAACGACGAGGAGAAAUUAAUGACCCGAGGCGAGGCUAGAAGACAAUUCUUAAAUAAUGUACCUGAUGUUUUAACGAAUUUGGUUGGAGCCCAAAAUUCGCAGCGUGGCGCUACCAAAAUCUUUGACACUUUGCAAAAUGUCAACCUCAAUAAACAACUAUUUUACGAUAUAUUUGAAGUAUUAAUGUACGAAGUGUUUCCAGAACUACAAAAAAAUCGAGGUUUCAAUACAUUUAAAUUUCACGAUGAUUGAACAGUUUUGAGGAUUCCUUUUUUUCCGACUGAAAAAAUAUCUUUGAUAAAUAUAUAUAAAUAAUUUUAUGAGCAGCUUUCUCAGAAACAGUAUUUCUCGAAUCAGUAUGGACCAAUGUGUUUCUCAAUUUGAUUGAAUUCAACAAAAAAAAAAAAGGAUCUCGAGCGUUUUUACUGUGACAAUAUAUCAAAUUUGAAUGAGAAGUGUAUUUUUCAAAAUGGAAUUCUCUCGUUGCGAAACCAAAAAAAAAAAUAGAAAAAAAGAAAACAAAGCUGGACGAAAUUAAUAGGUAAGAAUAUUUUGUUUUCUCAGCCAAAAAAAUCUAAAGUUAAAAUUAGUACUAAAAGUUAAAUUUUAAUGUGAUCGAUAUAGAAAAUUAUUCUCUUCUAAAAAAGGAUAGAGAGAAAAAAAAUUGUAAAAGAAUGAGAAAAUGGAGAGAAAGAUUUAGGGCAUUUUAGCUAAAUUUUAGGUUAUUAACAAAUGGGCUUAAAGUCGAUAAAUUGUUUUCUAUAGAAUACAAAAAAAUUUUUAUUUUGCGGAAAAUUGUAAAAAUUUAUUUUUUUCUAAAACUCGGUGCUAAGUACCAAAGAUAAUUCCGAGUAUCUUCGGAAAUUAGACAUUUUUUUCGGAUAUUUUUUUGCUCAUUACGAAAAAAAACAUGCAUUUUACUAAUUUUUUUAUUGAUUUAUUUUAAUAUUUCUACUAUUACUAUUAAUUUGAUGAUGAAAUAAUUGUCUUCAGUUCACUGUGAAUAGAUAAUUAAUAAUUAGACAAGUUUAACACAAGGUGCAGGAUCAAAUCUGAUAAUGAUUUCAUCUGUGUUUACUCUUAAUAGACUUGUUAGAUUUAGGAUUUGCCAAGAGCCCUCCCUAUAGAUUUCUAUUUUUUCCUCUGAAACAUGAAAAUUCUUCGUUUCCCAUUAAAAAAAGUGUGUUAAAAAUGUUUAUUAGCAACAUUUUUUGCCAAAACUGAAUGUAAAAAAUAUUCUCAUUAUAAGUAGUAACUUAUUUUUUAACAUUUAAUUAUUUAUGGGGAAAUUUCAUUUUAUUUUUAUAUUUUAGUUUUAAAUAUAUUUUAUGGUUUAAAGAAUUAUUUUUCAGUUUUAAUGAUUGAAAUUUUGGCAAAAAUUGUCGCAUGUACGAAUUGACUAAAUGGAAAGAAAGAAAACUAAUAACUAUUACUGUUAAUAGAUUUCUAGUUUUUAUCCUCUGUUGAUCAUUGUUGAUUUAAAAAAAGAAUUUCUUAUAGAAUUUAUUUAUAUAAAAAUUCACUUUUUGCACUUGCAAAAAAUUUUCCUUUCUUUAUACUUGAAUCGUUUUCUAUUGUAUAAUGUAUAAAAGAAACUGAACGUUCGUCAUUAAGGGUCAGAUUAAUGGCAACACAUCAAACUCUGUGUUCGAUCUAUGGAAGUUGAAUCUUUGUCGAAAUUAAUCUGUGUACGUGGUGAUAUUUUUCCCAAGAGAUAUAAGAAAAAAAAUUAAAUAAAUAAAUAGGUAAUAUUGAGAGCGAGCGAUAUCUGUUGGCUAUUGAUAAGUUUCUAGGUAAAAGUCUAUCUAGUUUUUAAUUUUUAACGAACUCGAAAAGCAUUUUGUCGAUGAAUACCAAUCCUGUUAUAUUUUUACAGUCUUUUUUUAAUUACAACAAAUAAUAAAAAAGUGUGUAUAUUAUUCCAAUUUCUAUACAAGCAUAAUUGCAAUUUCUACAAUACGAGGAAAAAAAUUGAAGAAAUAAAUAAAAAUUUGAUAAUUCGUUUUUUCAAAGAGUGCCAAAUUUUUCGACAUGAAAAAAGAAAGCAAUAAAUUAAUUAACUAAUUUUAAUAAAUAUAUAUAUAUAUAUUAUAUAAAUAUUGAAGCAGGAGGGUAUGAUUCUUCAGAAUGUGUAUUUAUUGUGCAAUGUAAUUGCAUCUGUGCACAAAGUAUAAAUAUUGUACUAUUGGCUCUGUCAAUAUUACUUCGAACUGAAAUAAAUGUACGUCAGCCUAA